UUGAAAUCGCUGACGCUGACUUCACCAAGGCGGCCAACAUGGCAGCAGGGAAGAAAAAAUCCUCUACUCUUCCAUCAAGAUUUCAAAAAACACUUUCCUCCAUAUGGCAGGACAAACACAUGGUGUUGUUCAAAGCAGAGUACACGUUCUUGAUCACGUCCGUACUUUGGCUUCUGGAAAUUGUGGUUAACAUAUGGGUGAUCCAAAGAGUUACAUAUACAGAGAUUGAUUGGAAGGCAUACAUGGACGAGGUGGAGGGCGUUAUUAACGGCACAUAUGACUACACACAGCUGAAGGGCGACACGGGACCGCUGGUGUAUCCUGCUGGUUUUGUGUAUAUAUUCACAGGGCUGUAUUAUCUUACUGAUCAUGGACAGAACAUUCGUUUGGGUCAGUACGUGUUCGCUGUGUUCUACCUCAUCACUCUCCUUCUUGUGUUCCGCAUUUACCAUCACACCAAAAAAGUUCCUCCCUACGUGUUCUUCUUCAUCUGCUGUGCUUCGUAUCGGAUUCACUCCAUCUUCAUCUUGCGUCUCUUUAAUGAUCCGGUGGCCAUGAUGCUCUUAUUUGGAGCCAUCAAUCUCUUCCUGGACGGCCACUGGACUCUAGGAUGUGCCCUUUACAGUUUAGCUGUGUCUGUGAAGAUGAACGUUCUGCUCUUCGCUCCUGGUCUCCUCUUCCUUCUCUUGAGUGAGUUCGGUCUAUGGAAAACUUUACCCAAGCUCACUCUCUGUGCUGUCAUUCAGCUGUUACUGGGUCUGCCGUUCCUCUUAGUGAACCCUCUCGGGUAUGUUAACCGGGCCUUUGACCUGGGCAGGCAGUUUCUGUUUAAGUGGACCGUGAACUGGCGAUUUCUUCCCGAGGAUGUGUUUUUGAGUCGAUACUUCCACCUAGUGCUGCUCUUGGCUCACAUUACCACAUUGCUUCUGUUCGCACUGAAGAGAUGGAAGAGGUCUGGAAACAGUAUUUGGUCUAUUCUAAAAGAUCCAUCUGAGAGAAAAGAGACUGCACACAAGCUCGAUGCUGAUCAGACAGUUCUGGUUUUGUUCACCUCUAACUUCAUCGGCAUGUGCUUCAGUAGAUCUCUGCAUUAUCAGUUUUAUGUCUGGUACUUCCAUACGCUCCCUUACCUACUGUGGAGUGGAGGAGUCAAGAAGCUUCCCCACCUUCUCCGUGUGUUGAUUUUGGGUCUGAUAGAGCUGUCCUGGAACACGUAUCCGUCCACCAACUACAGCUCUCUAUCGCUGCAUGUUUGCCAUCUCAUCAUCCUGCUCUGUUUGUGGCUCAACCCAUCCCCGGCUCUUCCAUCUCAGAGGUCAGAGAACAAGGCUAAGCACCACUAAACCCUGGUGUGACCGGGGCACUCGCUGUACCGGAGUGACAAACGGGUCCCUGUGCCCUGAGUAUGAUCAAAUCAUAUCAAGGGGUUUUGUUAAUAGAGGCAGUGUGAUGUUAAUAUAUGGGGGUACAGAGAGUUUACAAUGCUUCUCAGGAUUCUUAAAGACUAUUGGAAUGCUCUGUCUGGGAUAUCGGAGCGAGAAAUGUGAAUGUUGUGUGGAGCUUUAUUGGAAGGAAAUGUAGAAAAAAUAAUAUAUAUAUAUAUAUAUAUAUAUAUAUAUAUAAUGUGUAUGCAGCGAGCACCACUGUACCAACACUGUUGACCUUUGAAACCUCAAUGGUCUCUUGUUGUCACCUUUGGAUGCAUUAUAAUUAGGUACAUAGGCCUAAAGAUGUUAUAUAUGCUAUAUAUAACAAAAUAUAUCUGCAUUUCAACUGUGACGUUAAAUUCAUUAAAUUGAUUAUGAAUCAAAUAUGAAUUCAAUUAAAGUGAAUUCAUAAUUGUACCUUUAUUCAAAGCUGUUCAGGGAUUUGUCUCCAUGUAAAGUUUAACCAAAAAGAAAAUAGAAAAGAAAAGAAAAGUGUUAUUUACUCACCCUCAUGUAGUUCUAGAACCUGUAUUGAUUUUCUUCUGUGGGGGAAAAACACUUUUGGCCCAUUGCAUUACAUUUUAUGAACAAAAAAAAAUAUUUUGUGUUCUGCAGAAGAAAUAAAGGGUGAGGGUGAGUAAAUAAUGACAAAAGUGUAAUUUUUGAUGAAAUAUCCCUUUAACUGUGAGCUCAACAGGAUCAUAUCCACUAGUUACAUGUAUAGGGCACAAAGGAACAGCAUAGAUCUGCUUUUCCAUUUCUUUUUAGUUUAAGUCAACCAUAAACCUCCAGUAUCGUCUUGAGCCUUUUUCAUUAUUUUGUGUUUUUUUUUCUUCUUUUCUGGAGUGAACAGUUAGAAGGAGUGCUGAAAUGCUUAACAUUUUGGGUGUGAUUUACAUUUUUCUGUGAUAAAGAGUGAAUGAGUGUUCUUAUUA